UUUGAAUGUUGUGUGGCAAACCAAUUCCCUCUGUUAUACAAGUUGAUGAUCAAGUGUUGCUGACGUGUAUAUUACGCAAGUGCCUAAAAGUGUGCAAAAUUGAUUUCAAACACUGAAAAGAUUCCAAACCAUUGAAGUGUAACGCAGCAGAGCAACAAAAAACGGUAACAGCCCGGUUAAAUAAUGACCUAUCAUGCCGCAUCAGUAUUGCUUACGAUUUGCCUCACCCUGCUGGUUCCUGAGCACCCGUCCGGCACCGUCCUCGCCAUCCCCACCAACGCCAUGGAACCACCGAAAGAAAUAGUGUACCCCAAAUGUACCGGGCCGGGCGAACCGGGCCAGUGCCAGACGUUCGGCUAUCGGUAUCGCUUCGAGCAGACGAUCAACAACUGUACGCAGUUCAUCUGGGGCGGCUGCGGUGGCAAUUUGCAGAACAAUUUCGAAACGUACGAACAGUGCAUGCAGCAGUGUGCUAAUGAAACACAAACGCAACCGCCAGUCCCGCUGACGACCACCGCCGAUCCGUCGUCGUCGACCGUACGCACACAGACGCAGGAGGCCUGGUCGCUGCACUCGUCCAGCAGCACGCUGGCGCCGGUUCCGGACGAGCUGCGCGGCUCCGAGCUGACGUUCAAGGAGACGGGCUACGAGAAAACGUUCAUGUUUGCCAAAAACAACACCUUCAUACAGAUGGACGGCGAAACCAUCCAAACCUUUCAGCUCAGACUCUGCCGUGAGAUAUCGUUCCAGUUCCGCACCCGUCUGCCGCACGGGCUGCUCGUGUACCACAACGUAAAGACGCCGGCCGGCGUGAAGCUGGACCCGUACGCCCUGUACGUCAUCGUCGAGAAGGGCCAGCUGAAGGUGGUGCACGUUUUCGGAAACCAUUCGACGAGCGUCACCGUCGGCGAGGGUCUCAACCGGGACGAGUGGCACAGCGUCAUGGUACGCAUCGAUGUGCACGGCGCCCGCCUGAUAGCCCGUGUCGAUAACAACAAGGAGGAAGUGUAUCUAAAGGGAUUAAAUCACGAAACCAAUUACGGCGUAUCCAUCAAUCUUAUGUCGGUCGUCCUGGUUGGCGGACUCAGCUCGGAGGAAAAACUGCACGGUGUAAAGUACAUAAUUGAGUCGUUCGUCGGCUGCAUCCGGAACGUCGUGCUGAGCUCGGGCAAGGCGGCGUCGGACCUGCUCCCGAUAACGCCACUCAUCGCGACCAAGCACGAGAACGUCAAGGAGGGCUGCCGGAACAAGUGUCACUCGCGGCAGAAUCUCUGCUUUUCCGGCUCGCGCUGCAUUAAUCACUACUACGACAUAUCGUGCGACUGCUUCGGGACGAAGUACGAGGGUGAACACUGCGAUAUCUACACCGCCACAGUAUUAACACUGCGAGGAUCGAGCUAUGUGUCGUUCCGCAUCUACGACUGGAAGGACCGCGUCCAUUCGCCGAUGACGCGCAUCAGCAUGCGCUUCAAGACCAACUACGACGAUUCGGCCCUGUUUUACGCCAGCGGCGAGUCGCUGAAACCGCAGUACAUUGCGGCUUCGAUCAAGAACCACUCGGCGUACAUCGAGAUGGACUUUGGUGAUGGGGUGAUGAGUGCGGUUCUGGGGCAGGACCUGACGCGCCACUACUGGCACAACCUCACGAUUCUGCACGACCACGACAAGGUGAUUGCCAUCCUGGACGACCACGUCAAGGUGAUGGAGCUGCUUGGGCCGAUCCACUACCUGCUGUUCGACCCGGAGAUCUACUUCGGCGGUGGACCGAACCUGAGCAAGCGGAAGGGACUGGCGUCGAGCAACAACUUUGUCGGCUCGCUGAAGAACGUCUUCUACAACGACGUGUCGGUGCUGUUCGAGCUGAAGAAGGGCAACCCGAAGGUGCACUACAUCGGCGUGCUGCAGGAGGAGUUCUACGAGGCGAACGUUGAAGUCGUCCCGAUCACCUUCUCCUACGCCAAGUCGCACAUCUGGUGGCCGAUGAGCAACAACGACACGCUUUCGCUCGUGUUUGACUUUAAGAGCAGCAAGGCGACGGCCGUCCUGGCAUACAGCGAGGUUCAAACGAGCGAAGGCCGAGGUUUCUGGGAGAUCCGUCUUGCCACCGAUCGGCUGAGCUUUGAUCUCUGCCCGGACAUGAAGAGCAACAUCACCCAUACCACGUACAUUCGCAUCGACAACCCCACGUCCUGGCACGCCAUCGAACUAUCGUACGAACGGAACGAGGUGAAGUUUGUCGUCGACUACCGGUACACGGUGACGCAGAUGUACGGGCUGACGUUUCAAACCGGCGACAAGCUCAUCAUCGGCAGCAGCCUGAAGGCGGCCGCCUCCGGUCUGGUCGGCUGCCUGCGCGAUCUGAAGAUCAACGAGGUGGAGAUAGAGCCGCGGUAUCUGGUGAAAAGCGAGCGGGUGGUCGGUGACGUGUCACUGGAUAACUGCAAGUACGUGGACCCGUGCAAGAAGCCAAACACCUGCGAGCACGGAGGCAAGUGUGCGGUCAAGGACGACGGGAUCAUCUGCGAUUGCAAGGACACGGGAUACAUUGGCAAGAACUGCCACUUCACGAACUUCCGCAAGACGUGCGAGGAACUGGCGCUGUUGGGAUUCUCCAAAUCGGACGUGUACUCGAUCGACAUCGACGGCAAUGGGGUGUUUCCGCCGGCGCGGGUCAAGUGUGACUUCCAGAGCUUGACCAACGCCACCAAGACGAUCGUCGAGCACAACUUGCCGUCGCAGGUGGACGUGCGGUCGGCGACGGAUGAGGACUUUAGCUUCAACAUCCAGUACCGGGAGUUCAACGCGGAGAUGCUACAGGAGUUGAUAUCGCACUCGCUCUACUGCACGCAGUACAUCAAGUACGAUUGCAUCAAAGCCCCACUGGAGCUACAUUCGUCCACAUGGUUUAAGUCUUCGAUGAACAACAACACCGUCGACUCGCUUGGGGAAGUGAAAAGAGGAUCGUGUACCUGCGCGGUCGGGACGAACUGCGAAGAUGUCAACCAGUCGUGUAAUUGCGAUGCGAAUCUCAACCGUUGGCUCUCCGAUGAGGGAUACUUCAAGGAGCCACCGAAUCUGGGCAUCACCCAGAUGUACUUCCUGCAGCAGAAAGGCCUAGACGAGGAGUCCCAAGGGCGCAUCACCCUAGGACCUUUGGAAUGUGUUGAAACAAAUACUCAAAAGUACGUCGUCACAUUCACCACGUCCCAGUCGUACAUUGAGGUGCCCGGUUGGCGCAAGGGUGAUAUCGCUUUCUCCUUCCGUACGACCGGCGAGAAGGCAAUUCUCCUCUUCCAGCCGCCGAUCCGCUCCAACUAUCCCUCCUUCAUGGUCGCCCUGACCGGUGACUAUCAGCUCACGUUCAACUUCACCCUCAACACCGGCACGCCCAAAACGUUGGUCAUCGAUACGAACCGCAAGCUGAACGGUGGUGAAUGGCACAAGAUUUGGAUCGAUUACAACGAACACCACGUCCGGUUCAUGAUCAACACGGACACGCGCAUGGUUGACCUGCAGCCGGAGGAAGAGUUUGGUCCCUUCGAGGGCAGCAUGUUCAUCGGUGGUGCUCCAACGGAAAUCUCUAAGAAGUACACGGUCAAGCAAGGACUAAUCGGUUGCUUCCGGGGGCUCGUGGUGAACGGGGAGAUUCUGGACAUCUACAGCUUUAUGUCGGUUCAUCUGUCGGAAAUUAUUAAGGAUUGCAAACCAUCGUGCGUACCGAACCCGUGCAAGAACGGAGCCUACUGUCGGGAGCUUUGGAGUACGUUCGAAUGUGUCUGCCAGAACCGUUGGGCACAUCUUGGCCAGCACUGUGACACGAACAUCAAUGAGGACGCCCUUACCUUCAUCAGCCGGGAGUCGUACCUUAAGCGCAAUUUUCUCUCCGAAUCGGAAGACAUACGCGAGGAGCGGGAUAACCUCCAAAGCAUACUGAAUUCCUCGCUGCUCGUGAACCUUCGCACGUACGACCGGGACGCGUUCGUUCUGUACGCCAACGACCAUCACAACAACUUCGUCCACCUGUACCUCACGAAUCACAGCGAGGUCGUCUACCUGUACAACCACGGCAGCGACAUCAUCAAUUUGACCAUCGAACACAGCGAGCUGACCAACGGCCGCAGCAUCCAGAUCGCGGUGAUACGAACCGAAACCAACACCACGCUGUACGUCAACGAGAACAAUGUCACCGUCGACCGGGGCUUCCUGCUGCUCGACGAGUACUCCAACAAACCGUGGACCAAUCCAGAACUCGAGGUCCUUUCGCCGCAUCGCCCUCCAGCACCGCCUACGAAAUACUUCCAGUUUAACAUUGGCGGCUACGAUCCGGCCAAUUUGCUGCGACCGAAUCAGGACACGGCCGAGCUGGAGGGGUACAUCGGUUGCGUCCGGGGGUUGAAGAUUGGGGACAAUUUAAUAUCGCUCCGGGAAAUGGUGACACAGAACAACGCACACGUGACCGAGGGUGUCCUGAACGGUUGCCAGAUGAAGUGCGAUGCCGGGCCGUGUAAAAACGGUGGCAUCUGCACGGAAAACUUUGCCAAACAGGAGAGCACCUGCAACUGCGAACACACCAGCUUCCUGGGCGAGUUCUGCUCGGAGGAGAAGGGUGCCAGCUUCAGCGGGGAGGCGACGUUGCUCCGUAAGCUCGCCCUGGCCGAGAGUGUCACCUCGGUGCGGCUUCAGUUGGCCUUCUCCAGCAACGAUUUGCGCCGGGUGAAUCGGGUCAUGCUGCUGCUGCAAUCGCGCAACGACCGCAGCUACUACCUAAUGGUGGCCAUCACUCCCGAGAACUUCCUCUACAUCGAGGAGGACCGCGAGGGCGUGACGUACGGGGCGCGGGUCGACCGGAACUUCAUGGACGACGCACGCCACUCGAUCUACUACACGCGCCGCGGUAACGACACGUCGCUGCUGGUCGACCGAGUGGACAUUCCCAUCGGGAACGUGACGAGCAAAGCGCUGGUGCCCGUGUCCGACCCCGGUUCCAAUCACGUCCAGAUUGGUGGCGUUAAUACCACCGAUCCGCGCUUCGCCGUCUACAAGAGCUACGAUGGCUGCCUUUCGAACAUUUUCAUCGAAGUCAACAACGAAACGAUGAAGCCGCUCGAGGAGUACAUGCUGUUCACGAAGAGCGAGGCGGAAACCAUCACCGUCAUCAACUCGCAGGGCGUACGGUCGGCCCAGUGCAAGCAGUUCGACGUCAUCCAGAAGCUGCCAUCGUUCAACGAGUCGGCGCUCAAUAUGACUUCGGUAAUCGACAAGAACUGGGUCGUGGACGCACCGAUCCGCGUCCCGUACAAGGCGGUCUACUUCGAUCCGUCGACGAAGGAGGAAAAAACGCAGGUCGUGUUCAUCACCAUGACCGCCAUCUUUGUCAUUAUCGUCGUGUGCUGCCUGAUCGAGGUGUACCGCACCGACCGGGCGUACCGGAAGCGCAUCGAGCGCCAAACGGACGAGGACAUCAUCUGGUCGAAGGAGCAGGCGGCCAAGAUGCAGAGCGAAUCGUCCACGACCAACGUCAAAGGGUUCGGGUACAAAUCGGUUCCUGGCGAGGAGAAGAAGGACAAUGGCAAACCGUUGGUUGGAAUUCUGAAGAAUGGUAAUGCGACAGCGCCAGCAGAGAAGGUAGAGCCAACAGCGGUGGAAACGGUUACCGGUGGAAUUCGUGACAGCCAACUAAUUGACCACGAGCUUCAGUGGGAAUCUCUAGCGGAGGAGGAAAGCGAAACGCUCCUUAAUAAGGAUCCUUCCAAGAGCGACCCGCAAAUGAAUGGCAUUGCCCCGGAAGGACAGCGGAACCGUAUUGCAAACGGAAAUCACGUACCCGAUGGCCAUGGUCAGACCAACGGUGAGGCGAAGGGCAAUGACGGCCACGACAAUGGCGUCGAGGACGACGACGACGACGACGAUAGCGAGCUGACCGACAAUCCGCCGGUGAUGAGCAAGGUUCCAACCGUCCGCAAGAGUACCAACCACUCGCCCGGGCCCCGGAGACCCCCGAAGUUGGUGUUUACCGAACCGGUCGACAACAGGCAACAGCAGGCCGGAGGCACUCCUCCACCGACACCACUCCCGGUGGCCAUCCAGACAUCGACGCCCCUCACCAACGGUCUACGCUCCCGGAGUCCUCGGCAAGUCUCAUGGGGUCCACCGCCACCGCCGGCCCUCGUUAGUGCCAAUCCGUUGCCGUUCAAAAUCGAUGAAACUCCCGAAUCGCCGGCGUAAUCCGCGCUCGGUUGAUCGCUCUCCUUCUGAGCCCAGUGUGGCCAGUUCACUAUCUGUGUGUUUGCUUGCGUUUUUGGUGGCCAUUUCUUUUAAAGUAGUUUUUUUACGAUGGACUGUUUAUGAUCGACUAAAGUACUGUGUUUGGUGUGUUGUGUUUGUGGACGAGAGUGUAACAUGGAUGGCAAACGAUGUCCCUCGCAGACUUUCCUCGAUGGUGAUAUCCUUUAUUAGAACACACUACAACGUUUACUUGUCCUCCGAUUGUCCUCAAAAACCCCUAGUGUAAAGACUCAUUUCCUUGGACAAAGCAGGGAUUCCGUUUGCCACGUGAUUGUAUGUGUGUUUGUGUAUUAUUGUAUGUGCGUAUGUAAUAAUUUGUGAAAUAUGUAAGCAAAUGUCGUCCAGGCGUCGCUUCUUGGGACCUUGGGUUUCGAGUGGCUUGAAAGGAAUAAAGCAA